AUGGAUCAACGUGUGUCCAAGACUCUCAUGCUUGAUCAUGCGCUGCGAAAGAAGAAUCGAGAAUACAAGCUGCGCUGGCAAAACGGUGAAGCAAAACUAGGUUGGACCAAGGCUCAGCAUGCCCGGAAACUACACAGCCUGGCGCACGAAUUAGACCGAUACCGCCGAGGCAAGGCUUCCGUGGACGCAGAACUUCAAGGUUGGCGAAGCAAGUUUGAGGGGCUCAACGUGGAGCAUGCGGCUUUGAAAGAGGAGACGAGCCAUCUCCGGGGCCACCUGACAAAGUACAUCGAUGAGAACAAGCAACUUGAGAAGCAAACGGUCCAGACCCGAGGCGUAGUACUACAGCUGUACCAGCAACAAGCGUCGUCACGUAUGGCGGCGUCAGUCUAUAAUGACGAGAGCACCGAUGAGCUUCUCGUGCUACUGCAAGAGCGAUGGAAGACAUCGCAGGCCACCAUCAAGAAGCACCAUAAGAAAGUCCAGAGCAUGCAGGACGCUCUUGAAUCAGAGAGACAGCGGAACACUGAGCUUCUGCAAGGACUAAAUGACAAGGACAUGGCAGAUCCACGACCACCGAAGGCCGCCGAAGACCAGUUGACGCGCUUGUCGGACAUCUCUUCCAAGCUGUCCACCGUCCAACAAUGGCUUGAUGAAAGAGUUGAUAAUGAGUCUAAGUCUUGCGGCCAUUCGGACGCCGGAGCCGUCGGCUUGACCGCCUGCAAUGUCUUGCUCUGCGAGGCAUGCCACCAGGACAUGCUAAGCUGUCGGAUGUUGGUCAAUUGGCACGUCCGCAAGUGUCCAUACUGUCCACGGCAAUGUGUCCUCCUUCCACUUCCGAAGCAGGUGACCAAGCCCACCAAGCAGGAAACCAUCGAGAUGCAAGACACAAUGGAACUCGUUCAACAGAAUUUAAUUAAUGCCUACCGGAAGAGCUAG